CCAAAUCCCGAAGUUGGAGGGUGAGUGACAAACCAUUGCCAACGCCCUAUCACUCACUUCGGUUCCAAGUCCUUCACGCCAUCACCGGUGCCUCCCCAAGCCAGGUACACGUACAAACAUAGCUUCUAGCUCUGGUCUCAUUAGCUGCAAAAUCACUGACACUACCCUCUCGGUACGGUAUUGUGUAGGACGGUGCCCCAACCCGAAACCGAAACCGAAACCCGUCGCCGUUGAACGAGCUGCAUGAAACCACACGAAUUCUAUGCAUUGACAGGCGCGACCUUCACCCUCCUUAGGUUGUCCCAGCAAACGAGCGCUUGUUGCCUUCUCACUCGGACUCGAUUGUGAGUGAACUGCCGGGCACCACGCGGUGCAGAUCUGUUCCCAAAGCACACCGGACAAGGAUCCUCCUUCCAGCUCGACCGGGGUAUCUCAACACCGUGACAGCAUGAAUGUUGGUUGAGAGCUGAGUGGCAAUCAGCGACAUGUCCGGCGAGCACCACUAAGAUACAGGUUGACUACUGGGGCUGAAUUCAUCACCAGCGUCAAUGGAUGUUUCUGCAACCUGCAGGAACCCCUGCACGACUCAAGAUAGUCAAAUCCCAAUCACAACCGACUCCGCUGACCGGCAAGCCAGGGCUCUGAUCGAGUCACAAUCCAGCCAUUGCAACAAUUGGCGGAGUUCAAAACCAAAGUUCAAGCCAUGACCCAUCUGCCUUCCGCCUUGGAACCGCUCCCAACAUUCGGACGUUUUGUGAUUGAUGGAGAUACUCGCACUCCGCGUUGUCAUGGGCAUUUUCCAGUUCAGAGAACUUGCCCAACAGAAAGGGAGAAAAAAAGAGGUCGUGCCGGGGAACUCACCGCGGACCAACAACCCGAGCGCUCUAAGCGCUGGAAUGCAAAGCUAAGUAGGACCACAUGCCGAUGCCCCAUGCACUGCAUGUCGCAUACGAGUAGUUGCGGACGACCGGGUGCAGCGCCCUGGGAACAUGAGCUCUAGCCUCUGUUGAUCCAUUGCCGCCAGGGCCAUAACGACAUUGAGAGGAGAACCACCUGCCAGCUCUACUGGGGGACAAUCAAUGAAGGGGCUGAUGGCACAAGCACUGGUCCUUCUGCCACUACCCACUGCGAAAUGAACACAAAUGAGAUGGUGCGCUGCUGUGAUCUCGGUUAUCGAUUCCGGACUCGAGAUGCUUGGCUGGCGACGAGCCAGUGACCUAGCUAGACCCUCACUGGACAGGUAAAGGCCGAGUGCCCCAGAUGCAAACUUGCGGGCGCUGUUCAACAUGGCGGUCAUCCACCAUGUCCUGUCUCCCAUUUGAGAUCCUGAUAUGGCAACUGAUCAGCACUAUUGGGCUUCCACCAUCAUUAACACUAAUUGGACGCCACCUGAAGGACUCACGGCACCAAUGCUCCUCGAAGUUAUCAGAUGUUGAACCUGAACCGUUGACAAAUCAUAUGCUUCUCAGAUGGGCUAGAGUCCCUGAGCUAUUUGGCCUUUUCGCAGCAGAGCUUUACCCUAUUUCGAAACAAGCCUGCCGGUGCAUUACGUCGCCUCGUGCAAACAAAGUGGCGAGUGACACGACGAGCUUGCACGACCAUAGCUCCGAUUAGAUUCAAGACCCCACAAACAAACGGGAAGAAGUCAAUCUGAGCUAGAAGGUUGGCCAUCUACGCAGCUGCCCGACAUAGCUUAGGCAUCAAGUGACCCGAGAACCAAGUCUCGGCUUUCACAGACUCUCUUGUCCCUUACGACGACAACGACGACGAAUGCCCUCGUAUUUUAAGGCCCCUUGCCUGAUCCGACUUGUUACCCUUGUCAGGUCUUCUGCAGCAGUUGUUGGAGUCGGUCCCAAGGCCC